AUGCUGUAUGACACCAUCCGUUUAAUAGCACCAAAUGAAGAAUUUUUUUGUCAGCUCGUCAGAGCAAUCUUUGAAGACAGCGGAGCCUUUGAAGAGUCACCCACUGGUUUUAUACCAAAACUGAACACCAGUCAUUUGCAGAAUGGAGUUUACCGGACCAUUGGGAAGAUGAUGUCCACCUUAAUUAUCCAGGGGCGUAAGGCCCUAGCACUUCUAGCAGCUUGUGUGGUGGACUACAUUUUGACUGGAGAUGUCCACCAAGUGAAUGCUACACCUGAUGAUGUCUCAGCCUCUGAGCUUAGAGGAAUGCUGAAAAAGGUGGAAAAAUCGAGCACAGAAAGAGAGCUGGAAGAUGCAGUGAAGCGGUGCGACUCUUGGCGCUUUGAGGUGGAAGGUCUUCCAAACCCAGUUAAUAUGAAUACUAAAGAUACUUUUGUGAAGAAGGCAACGCUCUUUCAUGUAAUCUUAGAAAGACAAGCUUGUCUCGAUCAGUUAAUCGAUGGACUGUCGUACUACGAGGUACUUCCACUUUUCAGAGGAAUUCCUAUCAUGCGUAUUUAUCUUGAUUUUCCUAAUGUAAAGAAGGAAAUUACCGCAGAUGAUGUAGCAGGCAUUUUAAUACCACGGUAUUCUCCUCUUGGAUGUCCCAGAAGAAAAAGUCAGGAGAUGAUGGUGAUAAAAUUUCAAGAAUUUCUUCACUCUGUGCAAGAUAAGGAACUUGAAGAGAAAUUUGGCAGCAGGACAUUGACUGAAGCAGAGAAGGCAUUUUUGGAAACACUGCGCCCUGUCCACAUUCUUGAAUUUGCGACAGGGAGAAGCACAUUUCCAGUUCUUAGGUUCAUUCCACAUCCUCAAAUGAUAUUUCUUUAUGAUAAAUCAACAGGCCAUCCAAAAGCAAACACCAGUAAAAAUGAGCUUCAGAUUUGUGUCAAUUGCAGAACCUUGGCAGAUUCUGACGAAUUUGAUUAUUUUUUUGUUGAAGCUUUGAUGAAUAGUUCUGUGUGCAGAUAAGGUCACCAUAUAGGUAGAUGGAAAAAAGAAAUGCAAGUGUUGAUUCAACCAUCUGUGUUUCCUUUUCCUCA